AUACUCUAGAAGUGACCGCACAGCAAUGGGCUGGGCGGCCCUGGAAGGUCACAUAAUCCCUGGUCACGCGUAGCUCAGAAUCAGACACUGCGGCACGUGACAACUCCCUGUGCCCCACCUUCUCGCUUAAUUUUCACCCACACAACUUCCAAGUUGGUUUUCCGAACUUUUUUGAAAUUCCAAUCCUUCACCUCUUGAACUUCACAACCUCCCCGGAUUCCGCCACGACGUAAUCAUGUCCCACCGUAAGUUCGAGGCACCCCGCCACGGUUCGCUCGCUUUCCUGCCCAGGAAGCGGGCUGCCCGCCACAGAGGCAAGGUCAAGUCUUUCCCCAAGGAUGACCCCAAGAAGCCCGUCCACCUCACUGCCGCCAUGGGCUACAAGGCCGGUAUGACCACGAUCGUCCGUGAUGUCGACCGCCCUGGUGCGAAGUCUCACAAGAAGGAGGUCGUGGAGGCUGUGACAAUUAUUGAUACACCACCUAUGAUCGUUGUUGGUCUGGUUGGUUACAUCGAAACCCCCCGUGGCCUGCGAUCCCUCACUACCGUCUGGGCUGAGCACCUGAGCGACGAGAUCAAGCGACGAUUCUACAAGAACUGGUACAAGAGCAAGAAGAAGGCCUUCACCAAGUACGCCAAGAAGCACUCGGAGAACAGCGGUGCCUCCAUCACCCGCGAGCUCGAGCGCAUCAAGAAGUACUGCACCGUCGUCCGCGUCCUCGCCCACACCCAGAUUCGCAUGACCCCUCUCAAGCAGAAGAAGGCCCACCUCAUGGAGAUCCAGAUCAACGGCGGCUCCGUCCCCGACAAGGUCGACUUCGGCCACGGUCUCUUCGAGAAGCCCGUCUCGAUCGACACCAUCUUCGAGCAGGAUGAGAUGAUCGAUGUCAUCGCCGUCACCAAGGGUCACGGUUUCGUCGGUGUCACCGGCAGAUGGGGCACCAAGAAACUUCCGCGUAAGACUCACAAGGGUCUCCGCAAGGUCGCUUGUAUCGGUGCCUGGCAUCCGUCCCACGUCCAGUGGACCGUUGCCCGUGCUGGUCAGAAGGGUUACCACCACCGUACCUCUGUCAACCACAAGGUCUACCGCGUCGGCAAGGGCGAUGCGGACGACAACGCUGCUACCGAGGCCGAUGUCACCAAGAAGCAGAUCACUCCCAUGGGCGGCUUCGUUCGCUACGGCAUGGUCAACAACGACUUCGUCAUGGUCAAGGGCUCCGUCCCCGGUGUCAAGAAGAGGGUCAUGACUCUCCGCAAGUCCAUGUUCAUCCACACCUCGAGGAAGGCGUUGGAGAAGGUCGAGCUCAAAUGGAUCGACACCUCGUCCGAGUUUGGACACGGUGCUUUCCAGACCGCGGAGGAGAAGAAGCUCUUCAUGGGUACUCUCAAGAAGGAUCUGGCCCUUGACGCAGAUUCCAAAUUGGCGAUCUUCUCAAGACAGACCACCUACGUCGCAGCACCCCGCCUCCUCCUCCCCCUCCUCCGCACCCGCGCCAGCGUCCAACGGGCGCGCCACUUCAGCGACAGCCCCAGCACCGACGCCAACGCCGACCGCCGGCCGGCGCACCGCUCGACGACCCGCCGCGGGUGGUGGUGCCGUUUCAGCACCAGGCGCAGCAGCAGCAACAACAAAACCGUCACCGCGACGCCCACGAGCACAAGACCAGCCCCGCCGCCGUCCGCCGCAGCCAUGGCCUCAGAUGACGACUACAUGGCCUUCCUGGACAAGGCCAACCGGGAUCCGGCCGAGGGAACUGCCUCGGCCUUGAAGGAGAAGAAGGCAGGGGCCGUGGAGUUCAAGGCCGUGGGGAAGGGCGUCUCGGUGCCGGAGCCGCUGGUCGCCGUCGCCGGCGAGGGGGGCAGGUUCUACACCAGCGAUGCGGACGAGCCGUUCGUUCCGGUUGCGCUUAAGCUAGGUAGCGGUAGUUCGGGACUGCCAGAUGAGGAGGAGCUCGCGAAGUUGAUCGGACACCCGGACCCGGCCAAGGCGGAGGUCGAGAUCAUGGACCCGGUCGACUGGGACGCCGGUGGUCAGUACAAGGACGUCAUCGACGCGGUGAGGAGGGCGGGCGAGGGCAACGACGUCAGGGUGUACCGGGUCGCUAAGGGCGGCGUCAGGGCAGAGUACUGGGUGCUCACGACGACGGCGGACGCGAGGCUGGUGGGGCUGAAGGCACUUGCUGUGGAGAGCUAGGAUCGAGGUCGUUGGGCACGGUUGGAAGCGGCGCGAUCCUGUGGAUGGGGGAUGUCUGGCUGCGAUUGGGAUGUGUCGGUAGUCCCGCAGGUCGUCUAGCAAGAGAUGCGCUGGUUGGUGUGAUGAUCUGACUCUAUGACUCAAUCUAAGGCUUCCAAGGCCUAAUGCUUGGGUGUCUCUGUUUCAGAACCUUAGGAAUGGAAGUAUCACAAGCCAAAACGGUUCCGCCACAUGGAAGAGGGCUCUUUGCUGGCCGUUGGGGGCAAAUAUUGUCUACAAUAGGCCGAUAUGAUCACUAAAGGACUACACGUAUACAGUCCAUUGUCGACAGUAAGGAAUAUAUACCCCUAAGCGACUUCAACAGAGCAAACCCCAAGCGUAUUAUCGG